AUGCCAACCAUCAUGAUGCUGGCAUUCGCUCUUGCGGUCGUCAAUUUGUCAAUAGUAUCCGCAGCACCAAGCGUUGUCGAGGCUCUACCAUCUUCGCUUCGAACUUGUUUGAGUAAAACUCGAGCCAGUGUCCUGUACCCCGGCGACCAGAAGUACGAUGCACUGUCCAAAGCGCAAAACUCUAAUUACCACCCGCAUCCAGAAGUUAUCGUGGUACCCGCUUCUGCAAAAGAAGUGGCCGCUGCGGUGCGGUGUGUGGCCGCCGAGAAAGGUAACGUUAAGCUUAGUCCUCGCGGAGGGGGACAUAGUUAUGCUGCCUAUAGCCUGUCGGGGCAGGUGGUCCUCGAUCCCAGCAACAUGAAAACGAUAACCUUUGACGAUGAAAAGAGGCAGGUGACUGUACAAUUCGGUCAGACCUUGGGCCCUUUGGCAAAAGCAUUGGGCCAGAAGGGAUACGCCCUGCCGCAUGGCACCUGCCCUGGAGUUGGCGUGGCAGGACAUUCCCUAGGUGGUGGUUGGGGCUUUCCUUCGCGGAAAUGGGGCUGGCUUGUUGAUCGUAUUGUAUCCCUGGAGUUCGUUGAUAUCGAUGGCAAUAUCAAGUUGCUCAACUCGGGCUCCACCGGACACGACGCCGAACUUUGGUGGGCAGUUCGAGGUGCAGGAGCCAAUAACUUUGGCAUCAUCACUUCAUUCACCUUUGCGAUGGAGAUGGCUCCCACCUCAACCGUGAACUAUGAAUAUCAUUUCACUUCUGAUUCUGACUGUACACAAGUAUUGUUGGAAGUCCAAGACCUCGGGAUGCUGCCCGCCAAUGAUCCCAAAGGCCUUCCCGUUGAGCUGGGAAUGGAAGUGCUCUUCAUAGGCCGCAGUGAAAGGGACGAACGUUCCUGUUACUUGUCUGGCCAGUAUCUGGGUAAAAAGGCCGCCUUUUUACCUGUGAUCAACAAGGUACUGGAUAAACUUGGAAAACGAGGGAUAAAGCCGGUGAACUCUGAGACCAAGAUUAAGGAGUUUAAGGACUGGAUUGCUGCACUCACGGACCUCAUGGGUCCAUUGGAUGGACCGAACGACCCCCUACCUUAUUAUGCGCAGUCUUUGGUGGAUAGCGGAACUCCGAAUUACAAAAAGUCCCAAGUGGAUCGCGUCUUCCAAGCAAUCCAGGUCGCGAAAAGUAUUCAGGGUACAGAAAAUGACGUGUCUUUUGAUUUGCUUGGACCAGGCGCAGAGACCAAUCGUCCACCUUCCACUGGUGAUAUGUCUUAUAUUCAUCGCCGGAGUUUGUUUCUCAUACAGAUCUACUCGGCAUAUUUCCCUGGGUAUAGCGAUCCAGCGGCUCAUGCUGACGCACUCGAUAAGAUAACCAACAUCACCACUGCUAUCAAGCAGGCCAGCCCACAGAGCGAGUGGCUCUCCUAUCAGAACUAUAUCGACCCCUACUUGAAGAAUUUCGGGCAAGAAUACUAUGGAUCAGGUCUUGGGCGCUUGAAGUCGCUUAAGUCUGUCGCAGACCCCCAUAUGAUCUUCGAUUUCUCUCAGGGGUUAGGGCACGCAUGA